AUGGCAUCCACUGAGGAACCUGUCCCUGUCCCUGCUGACAUCCCCGCCGAUGAUGUCGAAAACGCGCCCCCGGCAACUCCGGUGGAGUCAACCGUGCUCUCCGGUAGUGAAGACGUCGCCAGGUCCAGCCCGGAGGCUUCGAAGGAAAAUGUAAAGACCUCUCCUUCCAAGACUAGCCCCGGCGCUACUACGACCUCCAAGCGGCCAGGAUCGGGGACGGCAACUGCGAAACGGCCCACGUCUUCGUCGACUACGUCCAAGACCCCGGCCUCCUCAACCACACGUAGCACGACUAGUUCCAGCACGCUGAGCAAGCCUCCCACGCGCCCGACAACUACAUCGGCUACGCGGAAGCCUUUGAGCACCUCGACUACUUCGUCUCAUCGGUCCCGGGCCUCCGUCAGCAGCUCCGCGGACGAGAAGCGAUCCUUGGCAAGCUCCGGGGAUGAGAAGCGUGGAAUUUCGAGCACGGCCAAACGCAUGUCGAUGGCGGGAACGACUUCCACUCGCGCCCCGUUGAAGUCGGCGUCUACGCUUGACCGGAGAUCAAGUGUGGCCGGUUCCGCCACCGAGAAAAAGACGACCCCUACCACUACUUCCCGCGCCACAACGUCCACCACCAGGCCGGUGAGCAAGCCAACUUUGUCGGCGACGCCCGCUAGCCGAACGACUACGUCCACCACUAGCCGGACUGCCACUCGGCCGACGUCAACCACCUCUGCUGCCAGGCCUUCUACCGCGUCUGCAUCGGAUCCGAAAAAGCGAUUGAGCACUCUCGGUGCUUCUUCAGCUGCGCGCAGUGCGGAGGGUUCAGAAAAGUUGCAAUCCCUCCAGACGAAGCUCUCGGAGAGCGAGGAAACCAUUUCCAACCUCAAGGCCGAGCUGGAGACUGUCACUGAGAAGCUUGGCCAAGUUUCUGUGUCUGGCGGGGAUUCGGCCAAAGAUGGCACUCCCAGUGAAACCAUCCGCGCGGAGCACGCCGCUGAGAUCGAGAACUUGACCGCUUCUCAUACAGAGGAGCUCCAGUCCCUGCAGGCCCGACUGGAGGAGGCCGAGGCUCAGCGGAAAGAGCUGGAAGAAAAGUCCAACAAAGACCUCGAGGACGCCAAACAGUCUGCCGUGGCCCAAGGAGACGACAAGACGGCGGCGGUGCUCGACAAACUCAAGGAAUCGCACAGGGUCGAGCUGGAAGCCCUCGAGAAGGAACUGUCGGAGCACAAAACCGCUGCAGCUUCUUUCCAGGAACAUAUCAACGCCUUGAAGACGGAGCUUGAAUCUCAAAAGUCUGGUCUGGAAGAGGAAAAGGACACUGCCGUGAACAAUAUUGAACGAGAGCUGAAGGGACGUGACCAAGUAAUUGAGAAUCUCAACACGGAGAUGACCAAGUUGAAUGCUUCCAAGGAGCAAGCCGUUCAAGCGGCCGAGGAAUCUGCGAGGCAGUCCGUUUCUGGGCUUGAGGAGAAGAUCACAUCCCUGGAGGCAAAACUGGCGGAGGCUGAAUCUGCCACCCAGCAAAGCUCCGAGCAAACCACCACAUCCCUCGCGGAUAAGGACCAGGAGAUCGUCGACCUUAAACAGGCCGCCGAGAAACUGCAAAGCGAGCUUCAGGAAGCACGCGACGCCGCCGCAAAUGACCUGGAUGGCAAGGUCAAGGAUCUCCAGUCUGCUCAUGAAAUCGCCAUUGCCAACCUUAAGGGGGAGCACGAUGCUGCUUUGAGCUCCCUUUCGACCUCGCAUGCAGAGGAGCUUACUAUCGCCAAGGCCGCGGCGGAAUCCACGGGGACGGAACAUUCUCAGCAGCUUCAAGAGCUUCGUGAUGCACUGGAUGCAUCCAAGGCCACUGCCCAGAAAGGCCAGGAUGACGCUCUUGCCGAAUUGAAAGCAGCACACGAAGCAGAAUUGAAGUCCCUGCAGGAGAAGCUUGAUGCCUCGGAAAAGUCUCUUGGCGAAUCUCGCCAGGCCCUAGAUGAGGGCCAUGCUUCCGCGCAGGAGGUGGCUAUUCAGGAGAUCGAGGCCCUCCGCCAGAAGGUCGAAUUCCUUGAGUCACAGUUGUCCACUGGCACUGGAGAAAUCAAGGCCCUUCAAGAGGAAGUGCGCAGCAAGCAGGCCGAGGCCGAGGCACUGCACCACAGUUUGAGAAAUGUCGAGGAUAUCUCCAAAUCCAAGGAUGUCGAGCAAGAUGGCAAACUGAAGGCGUUGGAGGACAAGGCUGCGGAAGCGACUCGUCUCCUUGAAGAACACACAGCUCAGGCAGUCGGUGUCUCAGAGAAGCAUAAGCAAUCCCUGGAGGCGUUAAAGGCCGAGCAUGCCGCCGAGUUGGAGAAGGUCAAGGCCGAUGCUUCAGGCUCUCACGAAAGCGCAUUGGGCGACCUUCAGCUGAAGCACGACGAGCUUGUCGCCAAGAUCCAGGAACUGGAGUCCGGCCACGCAACUCGCGUUGAGGCCCUUGAGGCUGAAUUGAAGUCGACCUUGGAGCGUCAUUCCGGUGAAAUCGCCGGUCACCAUGAAUCUCGUGAGAAGGAAACCGCCGAACUUCAACAACAGUUUGGGGAAGUCAAAGCAAAGCUGCAAGCUGACCUCGAAGCUUUACAAGCUUCCACCAAGGCCGAUGCAGAGCUUCACGAGAAGGCUAUCUCGGAACUCCAAAAUGAGUUUGAGCAAACAAAGGCCAAGUUGCAGACUGAGCUCGAGGCCUCCCAGGCCUCCAAGGCGGCCGAUGCUGAUGCCGAGCACGGAAAGGCGAUCGAGGAAUUGCUCACACUUCAAGAAACCAAGCUGUCUGGGCUGAGGGAUGAGCUGGAGGCGUCGAACAAAGCCAAGCUUGACGACUUGCAGAAAGCCCACGAUGCUGCCCUCGCCACGGUUAAUGAGGAGCUCGCCCAGGCGAAGUCAGCCGUUCAGGAUACCUCUGUUCUCGAUGCCUUGAAGGCAAUGAUUGCAGAGCUUGAGCAAAAAUUGGCCGACUCCGAGAAGGCCCACGCCGCCGUCCAAGAAUCUGCCACGACAGCUUCGCGGGACCUCGAGGAAAAGCACGGUUCUGAGCUGUCAAAGAUCCAGUCCGAACACGGCGAGCUUUCGGAGAAGCACCAGGCGGCCCUCGCUCAGGUUGAAGAGCUUCAAAAAUCAGUCACUGCCUCUGGCAACAACAAAUCGGAACUCGAGUCUAUUAUGAGGCAACUUUCGGAGUCUCGGGAAGAAAUUGAGGCGCUGAAAACCAAGAACACCAACACCAGUGAGGAACUAGAGAAUUUUCGAAUCCAGAAAAAGACAAUCGAAGAGAAAUUGGCCGCUGGUGAGCGGGACUUGAACGACCAGAUCGACAAGAACAUGUCGCUCCUCAACCAACUUGGUGAUGUCGACUCGGCAGUUUCCGCCAGUCGUAAACGGGUUCGCGAGCUCGAGGCUGAGCUGGCGGUUUUGAAGGCCGACAACGAGCAAAAGAGCAGUUCAUCUGGCUUGGACGCCAGCCGUUGGGCGACGGCCGAUGAGGAAAGCGAGAAAGCUGAAGAUGGAGGUCCAGCCGCAACGGAAGGUGAGGACCUUGGUUCAUCCAUUGAGGGAACGAUGGCCAGCAUUCAUCAACAGCUUAAGAACCUCCAAGGAGUCAACGAUGAAUGGUUCCAAGAGCAUCACAGACUCAUUGGUGAACUUGCCAACCUCUCACGACGAGCCACUCCCGAUCCUCGCAGCCUCUCAUCGACUCCCCAUCCCGAGACCACGGCAUCAGCCCACGGAUCGGAAAGUGGCCACAGCCGCUCUGACGAGGUGCCCGCCGCCCAUUAA